CACAGGGGUGUCUGGGAGAUCUCUGCAUUCACAUGUAAUGGGCUGGGCUGCUGCUCGGUGGAGGAGGUCCCAGCCUGAUCUGCUCUCAGACAGGAGCUCGCACUGCCCUGGGAAGGACCCUCCAAACUUACUCCACAAGAAUCUUGAAGUUUUGCGUGGAUUAUGACAUCAGCCAUGGAUUUAUGAAGGAACACUGACACCUAGUGGCGACAACAGGGCAUUGCAGCAGGGCGAAGGCUCUAAUGCAGUUCAACGACAUCUACGCCUCUAUAAGGGGAUUUACUAAAACACAAUAAGCUUCUCCCUUUUUAGAGGCCUGGACUUAUUGUUUGGAAGCGACAGACGCGCUCACUGGGAUCGUUAAACCAUUUCUUUUUGGACUCGAGAUCAGCGGUCGAAUACUUUGCUUUAAAAUGAUCCGGUAGUUGCCUUCGGCUUCGGAUUUUUGGACCGGGAAUAGGGAGUAGGGAAAGAGCGCACCAUGGAUCCUGUAACACACCAAUAUCGACUAAGUCGGUUUUACCGGGAAUAUCAAAACAAUGACAUCAUCUCCCUACACUACAACUAUACAGGAAAGCUAAGCACCAGCAGAUACAAGGGUGGAUUAAAAGCCGAAGCGGUGGUGUUCUUGGUGGUCUGCGUCUUCAUCGUUCUGGAGAACCUCGUGGUCCUCUUAGCCAUCUGGCGCAACAAGAAAUUCCACUCGCCCAUGUUCUACCUUCUUGGGAAUCUCACCCUGUCGGACCUCUUGGCCGGCGUGGCGUAUAUGGUGAACAUUGUGAUGUCCGGCGCCAACACCUUGCGCCUGACGCCUGCCAUGUGGUUCAUUAGGGAGGGAGGCGUCUUCAUCACUUUGACCGCAUCGAUAUUCAGUUUACUUGCUAUAGCAAUCGAACGGCACAUCACCAUGGUCCGUAUGAAGCUUUACAGUGGAGAUAAGAAGGGCCGAAUGGCCCUGCUUGUGGGGGCGAGCUGGCUGGUCGCCAUACUUCUGGGUAUAUUGCCAAUAUUGGGAUGGAACUGCAUCCAGAACCUCCCUUCCUGCUCCACCAUCUUGCCCUUGUAUUCCAAGGAUUACAUCCUUGUCUGCAUCAGUAUCUUCUUGGGCAUCCUCAUCACCAUUGUGGUCCUUUAUCUGCGGAUAUACCGGAUAGUGAAGAACAACAGUCAGAGACUGGGCACCCUGCGAAAGGGCGCCUUGAGGAAGUCCCAAAAGUACAUGGCUCUCCUCAAAACCGUGACCAUCGUCGUCGGCACAUUUAUCGGCUGCUGGCUACCGCUUUUUGUGCUCCUCCUGUUCGAUGUCUCGUGCGAGGUGAAUUCUUGCUCCGUUCUAUUCAAAGCGGACUACUUCCUCGGCUUGGCCAUGAUCAACUCGCUCCUGAACCCUAUCAUCUACACGCUGACCAGCCGUGACAUCAGGAGGGCCAUCCUUAAACUGAUCUGCUUCUUGUGCCUAGCCACGGAAGACGGCGAGACCAGGCGGAGAUUCGGCAUCUUGCCCAUCCUCGAAAGAAGCACCAGUCGGUCCGAGAAGUCAUCCCACAAACACGAAGGUUUGGAGACCACGGUGUCUUCGGGAAAUGGGACUCCGACCCCAGUGAAGCCCCUCGUGUCAAAAACCGCGGCGUAUUAAAACUUUUUUCAGGCACCGCACUGACUCACAGAGACAAACCUAAUAAAACACUUCAUUUUUGGAAGGUCAUAAAUCUAAACUAAAAAAUGCAUCUGCUG